GUGACACUAGAUGCAAAAGUCUGAGAGCUGAGAUGCAAACCUACUAAGCUCCAACUUAGCAGAUUUCUACUUAUGAUUGGAAUUAAGCAAAACUAUUAUGAUUCGUAAUUGUUGGCAAGGAUGUGUUCGAUGCAUACAUACACAGCUUGACAAAUCAGAAGAUGGAAGGCUGAUUUAUACUGGGAAUCUGUCUCGUGCAGUAUUUGGUGUGAAAUGUUUCUCUUAUUCUACAAGUGUGCUCAGCCUUGCAUUUCUACCAUACCUGUUUGCACAGAGUAACAUUAUAUUUGGAAGUCUGCCUUUACAAAUCUUAUUUUAUGGCGUCCUAGGAAGCUUUACAGUGAUCACCCCAACACUGCUUCACUUCCUUACAAAAGGCUAUGUCGUUCGAUUAUACCAUGAGCCCACGACGGACACUUACAAAGCUAUUACUUACAGUGUUUUGCUUUCAGAAAUGAGCACAGUGUUUCACCAGAAUGAUGUGAAGAUCCCCAACAGUGCACAUUUGUUUACCACAUUUUAUGCAAAAACAAAGUCAUUGUUAGUUAAUCCCGUGCUCUUUACAAAUCCUGAUGACUAUAACCAUCUAAUGGGUUAUGACAAACCGUUCACUUUUGAUACAGAGGAGGCUAGUACAAAGAAACAGCUUGACGAUGAUUAAUGGGCCUUGUUGCUGUUAUGUUUGUAACUACUGUAAUUGUAAUCUGUGUUUUGGUAUAUAAAACUGCCUUUUCUUUUUUGUUAGUGAUUAUUAAAAAUAACUUGAAACUAUUAAACAGCUUCUAAUUCA